CUUAAGACAAACAAAGCCCAAUCUUAGUGUCGAGAUUAUUACAUUUGACCUUCCGACGGAUGGGUCACUUUCUCCACGACACAUAAAAAGGGCAAGCACAGCCAUCCACGAAGCAGAUUUACAAACAACGACGCCAUGCCAAAAAUAAGAUCUAGCACCAGUUUCAGUUUGUUUGGGGAAAAGGACGUUCAUCUAUCUAUCUAUCUUCCAGAAGGGUAAAUAUUUACUUGGGGGCAGAGUUUUUAGGUGCACCAGUAAAACUUGCACUUAACGGUAACGCGAUGUGACCGGCGGCCGCCCAGUGGGUGAAAAAACCACACCGGUAACCGUCGAUUCCCGGUCACCCGCUCCUCCACCGACACUUCCCCUUUAUCCCGGUCAGCGGUCACCGACUGCCCUCCCUGCCCGUACCCGUACACCCCCAUUAAUUAAUUAAACAAUUAAUUAUGGAUAAUAAAAUCACGAUUUUAAAAUAAACCCCUCUCCCUCUCCAUUCCCACCACUCUGAUCUUUCCCGCACUCCUUGCCUGCUUGCUUGCUUCCUUCCGUCGGUGCAGAGAGAGAGAAGCACCGCUGAUCCCGAAGCGUUCUGCGGAAUUUUGCCUUUUCCUUCUUCCUUCCGUGCCGUCGCUGUCAGUUAGUCUCGGGGGACGAGGCGGGGAAAAAGUGGCAUUGGCCUUUUGCAGGAAGCGUCGCCGUCUCUUCUCUGCCAACUGCGGCGGUGGUCAGUUUCUCUCUUUUGCUCUCUGCUUUUGGCGCUUCUCUCUUCAACAGCAUUUCUUUUUUAUGCGGAUGCGAUCUCUGGUCCCGUUUGUUUGUUUGUUUGUUUGCUUGCUUGCUUGAGCGGUUCUGUAUGGUAGCGACGUGGAAGAGUGGUGGUUUUGUCUGAUUCCGGGAAUGCGGAGGGGAAAAGAAUGCUCAAUUUCGGGAUUUUAGGCUGAGAUUUCGCUUUCGUUAACUCGCUCGCUUGGCCUGUAGCAGAGAUUUGUGUUCAGUUCAUAGAGGUUUCUCUGCCACUUUCUUUUUCGGGAAUUCUGAAUUUGGAAUCUUCUUUCUUUUUCUUGACUGCUUUUCUAUGACGCAUCGACUAUUUUCUAGUUCGGGGAGAAUCAAUCUUCCGGUUCUUGAGUCAGUAGAGAACUCAGUUCCCUGAAUCUUAGUUCAGUGCUUCUUCAGUUCUUUUAUGGCAAUAUCCGUUAGUUUCUUCUCCUUUUCUUGAGAGCAUGCGCGAUGUCUUGAGCAGAUCUGGAUUCUAAUGCCUGGGCGAUGAAAUUUGUGGUGAUGCGGUAUAGGAAUCAUUAGUGCUUCGAUUCAAGAAUUCGGGAUUGCUGUAGGGUUCUUCGCUUUACUUGGUGAAGAAAUUGCAUUUCUAUUCUACUGCUGCGUGUUAUGGAUGACUUCCGUUCCAAGUUUCAACUUUUGAAUCUGUGUUUCAAGUUUAGUCAAAAGUUUCCUGUCCAACGAAGCAGUGAGUGGCUGUGGAAGCUAAACCUUUAAUGGCUUCAUGAUAAUUAGCUUUCUGCUUUAAGAUCGCUAGAGCCCUGCAAUUCCCUUUUUGCUUUAUAAAUGCGUUUCAUAUCCCUGAUAGUCCCACGGUAACUGUUUGUGUUACUGCUCUCUAGAUGGUUUGAUUGCCCCAACAAAAUGCUCAAGAAGCAUGUUAGCUUAUUGAGAAAUUGGGAUGGGGAUUCACUGUAGUAGGUAGGAUAAGCAGAUUCUGGUUGUGUACAGUAUUGUUUCUUUUCAUUGUUGAAUUGGGGUUCAGUUGUUUGAACCAUUUCUUUCUCCUUGCAGCAGCUGCAUCUGGAUAAGUUGACAGUGUCAUUUGGGGGAGGUGAUAUACCAAAACAAGUUGAACAAUGAAACAGACGGACAAGAAGAAAACUCCAAACACUAACAUUUCCAAGCGACCUGGGAAGACUGAAACUAAAGGCCAACGUCGACCGAAGGAAACGGAAUCUAAAGCUGUGCAUGCUUCUAACCCUGACUCCAGAACUGUAGUAAGUGAUUCGAAUGUGGGCUCAGAGGCCUCCGAAGUUUAUGAAAAUCUGGUUAUACAUUAUGUGGAUGAUGUGAACAGGUGUGAGGACAGUGCAAAAAAAGGCAGCAUCUUGGUGUCGAAGGAGAACAUGGGCGAGGUUGUAGGUGAUCAUUCUAGUGAUAUUGAGAGAGAUCAGAAGCUAGGGAAGGAAGAAGAGUCGGAUUCUGAGACGAUAAAAGAUUCUGUGUCAUCCCACGGUGGGGAUUCAGUCUUAGGUGAUGAUGAGAAGGUAGAAUCAGUUUCUAGAGCUCCUAAAACUGCUGGUGGAACUAGGAAAAAUACAUCAGUAAUAAGAGAUACAGAAGCUAGUAAAUCAAGAGCUAAAGCAGUCACUAAAACCCCCAGAAAGCCAGCAGUCUCUAGUAAAGAACCAUCUAAGGUGACCUGCAAAAACGCUUCUGCCCAAAAGAUUGCUGCUAAGGAGGUUAAACUUGCCCCUAAACCUCCUUCUGAAACUUCUGAUGGAGGAGUAGAAGAUCUAAUCAUUGAUGAUGGUAAAGAGGCAGAUGUGUUUGAGGAGACCUCAAAUGCCACUACAAGGAGUGUUGCAAGUGACAGUGAAACAGUUGAAAUUGAAGACAAUGGUGAAAACGGGGAGGAUGCCACACUCCAAAGUCAACGAAUUGCAGAGUUGGAAACAAAAAUUGAGAAACUUGAAGAGGAACUGAGAGAAGUUGCUGCACUUGAAAUCUCCCUUUACUCUGUUGUACCUGAACAUGGGAGCUCAGCACAUAAGGUGCAUACACCUGCUCGGCGGCUAUCAAGACUCUACAUUCAUGCUGGCAAACACUGGACUCUGGAUAAGCGAGCCACAAUUGCGAAAAACACAGUUUCAGGGCUGGUACUGAUCUCUAAAUCAUGCGGAACUGAUGUACCCAGGUUAUCUUUCUGGCUGUCCAACACAAUUGUGCUGAGGGAGAUCAUUACCCAAGCAUUUGGGUGUUCGGGUAACUCUAGUAUGUCAAGAUUCACAGGAUCCAAUGGGAGUAUGACACUGAAAUGGAAAGGUGGUAAUAAACAAGGUAAUGGGUAUCCCCACUUUGUUGAAGAUUGGCAGGAGACUGGAACCUUCAUUGCUGCCCUGGAGAAAGUUGAGUCGUGGGUGUUCUCUCGAAUAGUGGAGUCUGUUUGGUGGCAGGCAUUGACUCCACAUAUGCAAGCUCCAAGCAAAGAAUUGUCCUCCAAUAAAAGCAUUUCACGAUUAUUAGGCCCAGCGUUGGGAGACCAGCAACAAGGAAACUUUUCCAUCAACCUGUGGAAGAAAGCUUUUGAAGAAGCUCUACGACGAAUUUGUCCGGUUAGAGCAGGAGGGCAUGAGUGUGGCUGUUUGCCAGCCAUGGCCAAAAUGGUUAUGGAGCAGUGUGUGGCAAGGCUUGACGUAGCGAUGUUCAAUGCUAUUCUGAGAGAGUCGGCCCAUGAGAUCCCAACUGAUCCAGUUUCAGACCCUAUUGUGGACUCAAGGGUUCUGCCUAUACCAGCGGGGGACUUGAGCUUUGGCUCUGGAGCACAACUCAAGAAUUCUGUUGGAAAUUGGUUAAGAUGGCUCCUAGAUACGGUGGCGAUGGACGAUGAGGAAACCCCAGAUCGCGAAGAAAAGACCAGUAGUGAUGUUGAUGAUGACCAUAGACAAAAUGCCAAACCCAAGUGCUUCAACCUUCUCAAUGACUUGAGCGAUCUUCUUAUGCUUCCGAAGGACUUGCUAAUUGACAGAUCAGUGAGAAAAGAGGUUUGCCCGUCAAUUGGCCUUCCAUUGGUGAAGCGGAUACUCUGCAAUUUUACACCAGACGAGUUCUGUCCCGAUGCUGUCCCCGGAGCUGUACUAGAAGCCUUGAACGCUGAGAGCAUUGUGGAGCGCAAACUUGCAGGAGGAGCAUCCAUGAGGAGCUUCCCUUAUACUGCUGCACCAGUUGUGUACAUUCCACCUUCAUGUGACGCGGUAUCGGAGAGAGUUGCAGAAGCUGAUGAUAAUAAUAGUGGUGGUGGUGGUGGUGGUUUGGAGUCUCACUUGUCGAGAAAUGCUUCAGUUGUACAGAGGAAAGGAUACACUAGCGACGAGGAACUGGAAGAGCUGGACUCUCCCCUCGUCUCGAUUCUCGACAGCUUGAAAUCCUCCUCGAAUUGGAUUAACGGAAAGCAGAGUGAGCAGAAGGUCGCAAAUGCGAGGUACGAACUGCUUCGCGAGGUAUGGUCAGGCUGAAGUUGCUUUCAUGUGUCGAAAAGAGUUGGAUAUAUAGUAGUGGAUUUCACAGGCUCUGUAUGAUAAUGAACAAUUUGCCUCUUUUUCGUUUUGCCUCUGUGGUUUCUUGGGUCCUUAGCACCACAAAAGUAAAUAUCAUGGAAAGAAAUGAAAGCUGAAAAUGGUGUCAAGAGAAGUAUAAUCAGAGUGGCAGAAGUGUCAUCUUGCUUGUGUUACAAGGCACUAGUUUGGGGGUUGGAAUCCAUGGGCAAAAGAAAGGUUGAUGAUUGAU